AAAUAUUCGCAAUCACUAAUCAGUUGUCAAAUUACAGUUUUGGUGGUUGGAUGUUCGUUUUGUGUUUGAUCAUUCGAUCGUAAUUAUUUACGAACGGUGCAGUGUUGAUUCAUAAAACAUGUCGCUCAAAAUGGAGUUCGACUACGAGGCGGCGACGGCAUUGAUGGACAAAUUUUCUCAGGCAGAUAUCGAUCAUUUGCGCGAAUGGACCUUUUCUUUGGAUAUAAAUAAAUGUGUACCGAAAGAUCUUACGGAUGAGCAGUUACUGUUGUUUUACCACGCUUGCUACGGUAAUUUGGACAAAGCUAAAAUAUGUAUAGAGAAAUAUUACGGACACAAGAAAAAUUCGCCGGAUAUGUUUGAUAACCGUGUAGUUUUUUCGGACGAGCUCAAGCCUUCAACUGAAGCCCUAGAGUUCUCUUUUUUCCCCGAGAAGUCUGUGGAUGGCUACGACGUGAUCUACCACCGCCUGCACUACACUGAACCCUCCAAGUACCACCUGGAACCUGGCUGUAAACUCCUCUUCAUGACCGUUGAUGCGUGCCUCUGCAAGCGGGGGCCCACGCCUGGUUAUAUCUUCCUGUUCGACAUGAGAGGAGUCCGGCUCGGCCAUCUCACGCGCGUCAGUCUCUCCUUUCAAAAGGAUAAGCAAAGGUCUCUCCGCAAGUUCUUCCAGUUCGUCCAGGAGGCCUGGCCGAUCCGCAUGAAGGGCAUUCACGUGCUCAACUCCGAGCCCAUCGUGGACAAGCUCCUUAUCCUCAUCAGGCCCUUUAUGGAGAAGAAGUUCUACGACAUGCUAAAAUUCCACAGCAAGACCGAAGACCUGGCGAAGUUCUACGAGACAGUGGUCCCUCGCUCCGCCCUCCCCCCCGACUACGGAGGCACCCUCCCCGACACACAGACCCUCCACAAGAAGUGCAUGCAGCAACUUCAGGCUUUGGAGCCCUACUUUGCUGCUGAGGAGCAGCAAAGGGCUAGAGCGUACCCGGAUAAGAAGAGAGAUAAGGCGUUGAACAAGAGUUUUAAGAAGUUAGAUAUAGAUUAAUAAAAACCAAGUUUUUAGGUCUCGGAAAAACGUCGAUGAGUGUCUCUUGUUUACUUAGCUGUAUGCUCAAAAGGUGUUUUUAGGCUGGCAAAAAUUAUGUAUAAUUUAGUCUGGCUAAGCACUAGGAGUAUGACAGAAAACACGGCACAUUCAAAAUAGUUAUGUAUAAAAGGUUUACAUUUGCGUUUUUAAUAUCUCGUUUUUUCUAAUAUUAUGAUAGUUAGCCAGACUAGAUAGGUAUAAAUGUAUGCUGGCUAUGACUAAUUUUUAGUCAAAUUCGUCUCAUCUAUUAUAACCAUUUAAUAACUAUUGAGUUUAAUCUUUUAGACAGUAAUGGGGUCAAAAAAGCUCACACUAAAAACCAGACCCUCCACAAAAAAUUAGCGCUUGCCCGGACAAGAGAGAUAAAACGUUGAACAAGAAUUUAAAGAAAUUGGAGAUUAGUAUGGUUUUAGGUGGAUUUUAGGGGUAUGAGAAAAGGCGACAAAACAUGUUUUGUUAAGUCUGGCCAAGAAUACGUAUAAAUUGUCUGGCUAAGGAUUUUGACACCAGAAAAAGACAGACUGUGAAUGUAUUCUUAAUAGUUUAUACGCCUUAGAAACGUUUUUAAUACUUCCACAGUUGAUCUUGGUGUUAUAUUUGUUAUAUUAAUAUUAUUAGAUAAUAUGACUAUGACUAUGAGGUGCGAACGUUCAUAUGUAGACUACGGUGUUUACUUACCAUAGGCUGUAAGCUUGUUUGUCAACGUCUUAGUAUAAAAAUAUCAUGUAGUACAAAUUUUUAAUUCCAAUCGUCUCAUUGUAUUCCUAGGUAGGUUUUGUAUAUAAAAGAAAAUUAAGGAAAAAAAUGUACUUAAUAUUUGCUCACUAUGGUCAGACCAUAGACAAGUACGUAUAUUAUACCUUUUGCACCAAGCUUGAAUUUAAUAUAAUGUAUAACUAUGUACCUGUCGCUUUAAGUUCAUUAGGUAACCUCAGGUGUCAGAUCUAGGCUAAAUGUACUAACAGUUAUUUCAUCCCGGGUGAUAAAACUUGAUAAGUGGGCAGUGUAUCAUGAUGUCUCGUGGACGUCAGCCACCGUUGGUAGAUUAACGUCUAGGUGGUUUUGUAUUUGGUUGGUUAACCAAUAAAUGUUAUGACUACCCGAAAUUGUACAAAUUGUUUGUUUACUUUUAUUUAAAUACCUAAAGAUACAGAGUAUAGUUCUAGUAUUAAGACCGUGCUAUGCUCGAGGUAAAGGAAUAUCAAAAUAUGAAAUAUCAACAUUAGAAACAAAAAAAAAUCUACAGUUUUGCAAUUUAAAAUCUGUAAUCAUUUCAAAUUGCUUGGGUGGGAUUCUUUUUACAAGCUUUUAUUAAGUUUCACCUGUCCCGUUGUCUGUCUGUCUGUCGGUCUGUAAUCAAAUCUUGCAAGUUAAAUUUGAUCCACUUCCCGGUUUCCGAUUGAGCUGAAAUUUUGCAUGCAUGUAUAAAUCGGAUGACAAUGCAACAUUAUGGUACCAUCGAGCUGAUCUGAUGAUGGAGACAAGAGGUGGCCAUAGGAACUCUGUGAUGAAACAACGCAACCUAAUUGUGUUAGGGGUUUUUAGAAUUGUCCUGAUGAGUUUAGUUGUCUGUCGUAAGAAAAGUAUAGUCAGCGAUAAAAGCUUGUACCAAAAAUGAAAUUUUUGCCAAAAACUUAUUUUUUAUCCCUCCAACGGAGCGGCGGCUGACGUUUACCGACCGUCAUUAUACAUCUGCCUUAACCACUUUAAAAAAUGAGGGUGGUAAUUUACAUGUCAAAAUAAAUUCAUUCGUAAUUCAAAUGCACACUGUAUACUGAUAUUUAAUAAGAGUAGGUACAAAUUGUUUCUAAUUGUCAAAAAAGAGAUAAAUAUAUUUUAAAUAUAAUAAAUAUAAUAUUAGUAGGAAAAUUGUACAUAAAAUUUAAAAAAGAUCAAGUAUAUCUGAGAUGGUUCUAUAAUAUAAUGGACGUAUGAUGGAUGGACUCGUUACUGACAGGAUAAAGCUUCCGUCUCUUUCUAUCGUGCAUAUAUUUAUUUUGAUGUCGUAAUUUACUUUAUCUACACACAUAUCAUAAACUCUCUAUGAUACCUUCAAAAUCCGUAAAUAAUGGCCCACAUUACGAUAAACUGUUUUGUUACAGCAAAUUUCUUAUCUGUGAAAAUGUGGUAAUAGCUUCAUUACUAUAUCAAAAUCGAUUUGGUAAUGACAUUCAAAUUUCGAACAUCUCUGGAAAAAAAGGCAAUUUGAUUUGACCCCUAUUCUAAUAUCAGUCGAGAUGACGUUUUAUUCGAAAUCAAAUGACAAUUGCAUACAAUAUUGACAAAUCUCGCUUGUAAGUUGGUAUCGGACGAUAUGGUAAUCGACCCCGACUCUAGUUUGACUUUGAAUUAAAAAAAAAACUACGAAUGCGUGACAUGCGUGAAAAAAGUUUUCAUUUGCCGCCAUUUGACGUACAGUUUAUCUUUUAAUUAGUUUGUAAGUAAAAAAUAAUUUGUUUUGUUGUUUUUAAAGUAACUAUAACAAAAGUUUCGUGUAAAAUGUACGAUAAAGAUAUUUCGGAGACGCCAUCUCAUAUCCGCGAGUUCCGCCAGAGAGGAAAGUGCCCCAAUGUCGGCUGUAAUAUGAGGUUAGUGAAUAUAUCAUAGAAAGUUUAUAAUAUGUGACGUUCCACGGGAAAAGGUACCUUAUGAGGGUUUCUAGUUUCGGAGAUAUGAAAUGUUUUGUAAAGAGGUGAAAAAUGCUCAAUUUUUUUUUAUUGUGUGAUCUGAAACCUUAAUGCGUAACGUUUGUUUACCUGUUUUUAUUUUUGUUAUAAGUUAGUUAUAAGCUUAGUAAUGUCGUCUCAGAGUUUAGUAGAAAAGGUACCUUAUGGAAAAAAGAUUGAAAAUUCCCAAAAAAACUAGUCAAUACGGGAAAAGAAGGUUGGUAGAGAACUGUAUUAGCAUUCUGCAAAACUAAUUUGAUAAUUUCAGUUCUGGUUGGGGCGCCUCGCAAAUAUUAUAACCGUACAUAGACCGACAUCACAAAUCCAAGUAGCCUGCUAUUAUACCAAAGUUACUCUCGUCAAGUCUUUCUUAACUAGAAUAAUCUUCAUUUGGUUUGGUCGCAUGCAGUAAAUCAGCCAUUGGUUUGCUGAAAAAUGCCAAUACCCGACGCAUUACCUUAUGGAAUAUCUGAGGUCAUUGAACCUCAAUGCCGCUUAUCUUCAAUAGCAACCGAAAUAUAUUAUUGAUAAGAAAUAGACGAUUUAUACCAUCUUAACCCCAAAAUAUUAUUAGUUUAUCCUAACUGUUCCAUCAUCAUCAUGCCUCAUCAUGUAACUUAAUCACAAGGUACCUUUUCAUUACAUACAAAUUAUUGGUCUUUUUUAAGAUUAUUAUGACGAAGAACUAAUUAAAUUUGGGGCAGUUUAAUGUAAAUUAAUAUUUUCUAUUCAUAAAAGAUAAACUGUAAUAUGAUUGAUAUUUUGUAGUGAUGUAUUAUUAGAUUUAUUUCCAUAAGGUACCUUUUCGUAAAUGUAUGGAGCAAAUACUGUUAUUGUUAUGUAAGUUUAAAGUGGCAUAAGGGGUUAAAUAUAGUAUUUAGUUGGGGUUUUAGGAUUUAUUUCAUUUGAAUGACAGAAUUUCUUUCAUAUGUGCUCAGAAAAAUUGAUUGUGUGUCACAUUAAAAGUAAAAAUAUUCAAUUUUGUGAUUUUAUAUGAAAAAGUCAGAAAAUACAUUUUCACCUCUAAAUCGGUAUUGUUUUUUGCUUAAACUGUCUGUCAGUGUCGUUUUCUAAUAGAUAAAAUUUAAAUCUUGAGAGCUCAUUGCAAUCAAUCGUGAAAAUUAAAUAAAACUUUAUUUUCAAGAGAUUGGUUAUUAUACACAUAAAUCAGUCGAUAUCAAAAGUUUCUAUUUGCAUUACAGAACAAGUCGCAAUAUUUUUUUAAUCUCAGAUAUAUAAGGUAUUAUUAUUUGUAGUCAACUAUGUAACUUACUUCAGGAACAUAGUUUUUUAGGCGACUAAACUUAAAACUUCUCUAUCGUAAAGUUGCUCAUUUCACAACAUUAUUUUCAAAAAAUCAUAUCUCUGUAACUACGCAACCUAGAAGGUUGAUCUUUUGUGUUAUCGAUAGCUUAUUUAUUGUAGAUUACUGGGGUAUGCAUAACUCCAUACCCGCCAUAAGGUACCUUUGACCGUGGGACGUCACAUAUGUGUGUAGAUAAAGCAGUGUAUGUAACUGUACAUAAUUAGGCAUUAAAACACUCGUGUGAUACUAUUAUGAAACUCAUUUCAUUCGUUUCAUAAACCCACACUCGUAUUUUAAUGCCUUUCAUUAUGUAGCAGUCACAUAAACUACUAUUAAAAUGUCGAUAACUGCGUCCACCAUACGCUAAAUCAAACGCAAUCAGAAUAUUUAAUCAAUUCGUAAUAAUUGGAUAGAUGUAAAACUUUAUUUCAUCAUGACAUAUUUUAUAUUUCCUUUAGAUAAAUAAUUAAAUGUAAACCUGGAAAUUUAGAGCUUCCUAUGGAGCAUUCCCUGACAUUGUCUACCGUUGUCCCGCACGAACGCGAAUUAUCUGAAGAUUUGCAGGUGUAAGAGUUUCCUUUUCUAUGACAAAUGGUCAAAAAUAUGCACAGAAAAAUAAUCGCCUGCUUUAAAUGCCGAAAAAAAAAGUCGCAACCAGACAUAGAAGUUUUAGUGGCAAAAUAAAGUUAUUGACAAAAUAAAAUAUCGUCAUGUCUGUUAUCGAUGUUACCUUAACCAAAAAGUAUAGAUAGUAUAGAGGGGUCCUGUCAUUGUAAAUUUUGUAGUCACUGUAAAUUUACUGCCAUCUAUCGACACACGACUAAAACUCAAAAUGAAAACGUAUAAAGUUAUCAAAAAAUGUAUAUAUAUGGAUAAAUGAUAUUAUUAUUUUUAUAUCAUUUCGAUCCAUGUUCAUUCACUGAUAUCUAUGUGUUAAAAUUGUUAAAUAGGAAACGUUGUCGUCACGCCAUCUAGCCGAGGAUAGGCUAAAGGUGUUUGCGCCAUCUAUUCGAGAAUGACUUUUACUUGAAUUCCGAGGCACGUUUUUUCCUUAGACUUUAUUCGUCUUAUACGAAGUUACAUAUGUCUUUGCCUUAACGUUAUACUUAGAUAUUUAUUACAUUUUAUAAUAAGAUAACUACUGAAGCGCUGGUGGCCUAGCGGUAAGAGCGUGCGACUUUCAAUCCGGAGGUUGCGGGUUCGAACCCCGGCUCGUACCAAUGAGUUUUUCGGAACUUAUGUACGAAAUACUAGUCGCUUUUCGGUGAAGGAAAACAUCGUGAGGAAACCGGACUAAUCCCAAUAUGGCCUAGUUUACCCUCUGGGUUGAAAGGUCAGGUGGCAGUCGCUUUCUUAAAAACUAGUGCCUACGCCAAUUCUCGGGAUUAGUUGCCAAGCGGACCCCAGGCUCCCAUGAGCCGUGGCAAAAUGCCGGGAUAACGCGAGGAAGAUGAUGAAUAAGAUAACUACCGCGAAAUACACAACACGUUCGAUAUCUUCUUCUCUUUUGAUAUACUGGUAGUUUUCUAUUCUUUUGGCACUGUAUAGUUGUAUACUACCUACAGUUUAAAUUUACUUUUUAAGUACUAAAUAUAUGUAAUAAAGAAAUUAUGUACUUGAUUUGCAGUAUUGAAAUUUCUCGGUAACUUACCGACAGCAAGUAGAAGUUACAUAUUUUAAAUAUUAAUCUACCUAAGAUGACUUAUCGAUAACAGAUUUAUCGAUGUUUCGUUUUCUCAAACACUCGUUAUUGCCACAAAAACUUCGAUGUCUGGUCGCAACAGAGGAAAUAAAAUGCGUCUGUACGGGACAGCCCGUGGAAUGCUUCCUAUGCUCGCCGUGAUGUGUUGAUGGCGUGGGACCUACAUUUGUUCCAUAAGUUUCUCUAAAGUUCCAAGCAUUAUAUGACCUGGCGAACCUUGCGCUUAAUUUCCACUGGAACGGUAAAUAUUAAUUAAGGCGUAUCAGUUUAGCCAGCAGCAGAAACUAAACGAGCGAGACGACGAAAAUGAUCUUAACAUUGUUAAAAGAUUAAGAGCGUGUGUAAAUAAGGAUAAACGCGAAAAACUAAAUGCUGGCGCUGCAAGCUUUAAAAAACAGACAUUAGACUAAAGAAACAAACCACAGACUACAGUCUUUUUAGGCUCCUAAACUUAUGAAGUGGAACUGUUUAAUAUAUAAUCUGUUGGUUUUUAACCUCAUUAUUUUGAACGCCUCACCCGCUUAAGCUUCUGCUGCGGACGGUACAAGUGGCUUGAGCUGUGUAGAGUGAUUCUAAAUCUAUAUAAAUCUGUAUUUUUGAACGAGAAAGCCUUAUUUACUCAAUGUAAAUGUGUAAUUUCCCUUGUGAAAUUAAAUAGGUAAACAUUGUUUUUUAUAUGUCAGAUAAAGUCAAUAUGGGCAUAGAGUAAUAUAAGUAAAGAAAGAGUCUAACUCCAUACAUCACUUUUCUCACCAAAACGCGCUUUAUUUCGUAGUCGACAUCUAACGUCAAGUAGUGGAACUAUCAGUACAAAACUAAUAUUAGAAGCAAAAGGAGUUGAAAAUAGAGUUUCGAGUAAUCCGGUUAUAAUAUGAAAGUUGUUGAGCAUUAGAGUUUUUGUUCGCAGAGACAUCUAUUGUAACUAGCAGUACUGAUAAAUUCCGCUACAUGACGCUAAAUGUCGACUACGAAAUAACGCACGUUUUGGUAAGAAAACUGAUGUAUGGAGUUACCAGUCUUUCUUAUACUUAUAUUACUCUAUACAUUGUUUUUUAUAUGUCAAAUAAAGCCAAUACGGGUAGGCAAGCGUGGCUGGCCUUCACAUUGGGGCUUGUUAACACAUUGAUCAGUGUUAAUUGCAAGCAUACAUGUGCUACUUUCUAUUUGCGUUUAGUGGCAAAUGUAUGAACACGGAAUAAACACUGAUCAAAGUUAUAGUGCGACAUAAAAUAGUAGAAAAAAAAACCGGUCAAGUGCGAGUCGGACUCGCGUUCCAAGGGUUCCGUACAUAAGUCCGACUCACGCUUGACUGCACAUUUCUAAUAGGUUUUCCUGUCAUCUAUAGGUAAAGUACUAUUUUGUAUAUUUUUUCAAAAUUUUAGGCCCAGUAGUUUCAGAGAUAAAGGGGGGGGGGGGGGAAUGGUCUGCACAGACAGACAGACGCACGAGUGAUCCUAUAAGGGUUCCGUUUUUUCCUUUUGAGGUACGGAACCCUAAAAAAAAUGGAACUAAAAAAAAUUGUUGCCAUGUUUAAGCAUUUUAUGUCAAAAAUGUGACAGUUACGUAGGAAAUGGCGCCCUCAAUAAUUUUCUACAAUUUCUUGUCGGACUAUAAAUAGGCCCCGGUAUGAAGGCUACAAAAACAGGAUAGUUGAGUAUGACCAACCGAACUGCCAUUUGAGUGUCUGUACAUUAAAAACAAAGCUAAAGUAUUUGAAGUAGUAGAUGUACCUAUUCGAAUUUUGGAAUUCUUUGCGUUUAAAAAUGUUGAAUGUGUUUUUUUUUAAUCUUGUUGUUUAUUGAAAAUACUUCCAGUUUAGUACUUUGUAUGAGUUUAAUAAGCAUUUAUUUAACAAUUAUUUGAAGGAGUUUGAAGUAAAUACAUAAUUAUACCUACUUACUUAAUAAACGAAAUAUCUGUACACGCUUUUCUGUUAUCACUAUCAGGGCGAUAUAAUGUAUGUUCAGAUAUUAUUGAGGACCUUGGCAGCUGCGAAAUAUCUGUUGACCACUGCCUGCAUAAAGUACUUACUUAAAUAGUUAUCUAAGGAGCCACUCGAAGGUGUUUCUUUUUUCUUAGUCUCUCUCGUUUUGUACCUAAUAAAUGAAUGAUACAUGUUGUUAGUUUCUCAGUAAGUCCAGGAGGUGGUGGUUUAAUGUACUUAAUUAGUUUUAUUAGUGUAGUGCUUCAAUGUUCCAUUGAUUGGACAAGUUUGUGAUAAUUUUCAUUGGUUAUCGUUACCAAUGUCGUGAUUUAUUAGAAAUAUAAUUUAUGGAGCGUU